ACGUUUGUGUCGCGGCGCCUGGCUUCCAGCCGGUGCUCUUUCACGAAGGACCAUUCCGGCCAAGUGCCUGUUGGUAGGAGCCUGCUUGACAUCGGGUCUGGGGGAGCUCGUAGGUGGUAGUGGCUGAAUCCGGCGUCGGGGGUGGAAAGCCAAAGCAGAGGAGACGCCAUGGACGAUCAGGGCUGCCCCAGGUGUAAGACCACCAAAUACCGGAACCCUUCGCUGAAGCUGAUGGUGAACGUGUGCGGACACACUUUGUGUGAGAGUUGUGUGGAUUUGCUGUUCGUGAGAGGAGCUGGGAACUGUCCUGAGUGUGGCACUCCCCUGAGAAAGAGCAACUUCAGGGUGCAGCUCUUUGAAGAUCCCACUGUUGACAAGGAGGUUGAGAUUCGGAAAAAAGUGCUGAAGAUAUAUAAUAAAAGAGAAGAAGAUUUUCCUAGUCUAAGAGAGUAUAAUGAUUUCCUGGAAGAAGUGGAGGAAAUUGUCUUCAACUUGACCAACAAUGUAGAUUUGGAGAACACCAAAAAGAAAAUGGAAAUAUAUCAAAAGGAAAACAAAGAUGUCAUUCAGAAAAAUAAGUUAAAGCUGACUCGGGAGCAGGAAGAAUUGGAGGAAGCACUGGAAGUGGAACGACAGGAAAGUGAGCAACGAAGACUGUUUAUCCAGAAGGAAGAAGAACUGCAGCAGAUUCUGAAAAGGAAGAACAAGCAGGCCUUUCUAGACGAGCUAGAGAGCUCUGACCUCCCUGUCGCUCUGCUCUUGGCUCAGCAUAAAGACAGAUCUACUCAGCUGGAAAUGCAGUUAGAGAAGCCCAGGUCCACAAAGCCAGUCACGUUUUCCACAGGCAUUAAAAUGGGUCAACAGAUUUCUUUAGCACCGAUCCAGAAACUUGAAGAGGCUCUCUAUGAGUACCAGCCUCUGCAGAUAGAGACUUGUGGACCUCAGGUUCCCGAGCUGGAGAUGUUGGGAAGACUUGGGUAUUUAAACCACGUCCGAGCUGCCUCUCCACAGGACCUUGCAGGGGGCUACACGUCUUCUCUUGCUUGUCACAGAGCACUCCAGGAUGCAUUCAGUGGGCUUUUCUGGCAGCCCAGAUAAACCUGUGUUUUCUCCUUUAUGAGAGCUGGAUCUUGGAGCCGAACCAACAGGGUUGGAGGUAAAGAAAUUUGUGAAAUGGCAGCGCACACAGCUGCACAGGCUGCACCACCUCUCGCUGCCGUGCUCAGGUGCCUACUACAGUCUGAACCAAGCUGAGAAAUGUGUUGCAUAUAGAUUCCUGGAAGAGCUUUAUUUUUUACUUCUGUUCUUCAGAGACGGAUUGAAGCAUUGACUCUCAUCAGACAGGAAUGGAAUAAAUGAUUUCCCUAUGUAUGGAGUUUGACAGACUUAUAAAAAUUUUUUUUAAAUAAAACUUGAAUUUAUGGUA